GUGACGCACUCCAAACAAAAGCCUGCAGAGAGACGCAGACACGCACACGAUACUGCCCACUCUCCAGUCCACUAGGUGUCGGUAAUGCACCUUUAGUGGUUUUCCAACCGCCAUUAAAAACAAAAAGAAGACGAAGAAGAGCAGACACACACACACACACACACACACACGCACGCACGCACGCGCGCGCGCGCGCGCACGAGAUCACAGCGCUGAGGACUUUAUAGCAGAUUCUUCUGCUUUGCCACGCUUUUUUUUUUCUUUUUUUUUUUUUUUUUUUUUUUACUAUUUUUUUUCUCCUUUUAUCUCCGUAAAAACAUGUCCGAUGAACGUGCAGUUGAUUCGCACCGGGACCAAACAGAGGACGUGACAGGUAAAUCCGCUCCAGUUAAGCAUCAGUAUAAGUUAGGAGUGCUUUUGGGGAGCGGAGGAUUCGGCUGUGUGUUUUCGGCACAGCGAAUCUCCGAUGGUUUACAGGUUGCUGUCAAACAAGUGUGCCAGCACCGAGUGCAGGAGUGGAUAGAGCUGGCUGACGAAUCAAUGACAGUCCCCAUGGAGGUGGCGCUCCUGCUGAAGGUUGGUCGUUCAGGUCACCCUGGCAUCAUCCGCAUGCUCGACUGGUUUGAGGUGCCCUAUCAGGGUUUCUUUAUCGUGUUCGAGAGACCGCAGCCGUGCCAGGACCUAUACCACUUCAUCGCCGAGCGCGGUACCAUAGAUGAACCGAUGGCACGAAAGAUCUUGAAACAGGUGGUUGAAGCAAUUCAGUUUUGCCACUCGAGAGGAGUCGUCCAUCGAGACAUCAAAGACGAGAACAUUCUAGUGGUCACAGGUACUGGAGACAUCAAGAUAAUCGACUUUGGAUCUGGCGCUCUGCUGAAGGACACGGCCUACACGGACUUUGAAGGAACCAGAGUGUACAGCCCACCUGAGUGGAUCCUUCAUCAACGUUACGAAGCACUUCCACUCACCGUCUGGUCUCUGGGCAUCCUUCUGUUUGACAUGGUGUGUGGAGACGUUCCCUUUAUAAGAGAUAGAGACAUAGUCAAGGCGACGCCCAGUUUCAUUAAGCAUGUCUCUAAAGAAUGCCGGUCUCUCAUUCUCUGGUGCCUGGCGUACCGCCCAGAAGAGCGUCCAAGUUUAGAGCAGAUUUUGAUUCAUCCCUGGAUGAUGGAUAACUCGGAAGACAUCUGAGACCUGCGGCACGACAGCAACAUCGCGCCCAGGCUUUAAUUUGAAAACACGGACCGGUUUAAAGAUGGCUGUCGGAACCUCACACCUGCUGUUUUGAUUAUACACUGGAUUACAUCCCACUUUUACACUGGCCUCUCAACACAUACUUAUUUAUGGAAAAGUUCUCCGGCAUUGCGUCGUCCCAUGGAUGCCAUUCCGUCUCCCGUGCCCCGUCCCCUGUUCUCCAGCCCACCCCGUGUGCAUCUUGAAUCUACACUGCUACACACAACCGGUGCACAUGAUAAAUAGUUCUGAUAACAUGUUCCUGCUUGGUUCUACAGGCUCUCUGUGUAUAGUUUGAUGCCCUCGUUUUAAGAGGAGGCUUUUGUGUCGUGUCCCGCUGGGAGCGCGGAUACAUCGGCCAGACUGUCGAGUGACAUGAAUGUGUCUUGAUCCAGGAAAUGUUCUUGUGACUCAUGUUUGUGUUUAAAAAAACAAAACAACACCACUGUUCACUAAAUUCCCUUCUGGGAAAUAAAAAAAAAACUUAUACAUCGAUGUGCCUUUUACUUUCGGUAUCUUUGUUUUGUCAAGUGCUCUGAAGUCAUAAUAAGCAGGUGCUGCACUGGUUACGUGAUUUAACACGUGGUCAGAAAACCGAGCAUGAAUGUCGUCCCUGACUAGGAAACAGUGUGUGUGUUUACUUAGAAAGAAAGAGAAAGUCGUUUCGGUUAAAGCCAGAGAUCUAUAUAAGCACUAAGGGUUUUUUUUUUUGUUUUGUUGGAAAGCUGUUGACUAAUUGUGUCCGCAUUUAAGCUACAGGACCAAACGUCAGGCUCGAAUGUGAAAACAGGACCUUUUCAAGUACAGAACACAUGAACGGAUGGACGCAUGAAUGAAUGAAUGUAUUAGAGCUUGUGCUGUUUAAAUUGAAUCUGGCUUUUUUUGUUUUGUUUUUGUUUUUGAAAGUGAAAAGUCAUCUUUUGUUAACCAUCGAAAUCCCUGCUGGUUUGCUCGGGUUUGCACAACAACUGUUCUCUAAAUACUUUUGUGUGUUGAAUUUUUAUAAUUUUGUGGCAGUGGUCACGUGACCAUAUUUAAGUUAAAUUGAAUUUUAAAAAAAAUAAUUUAAAAAAAACACUGAUUUCCAUGUUUAUAUUGUUCAGUUUUUUUUGUUUUUCUUUUUUUUUUGGAAAGCUCUUGACUAAUUGUGUCCGCAUUUAAGCUACAGGACCAAACGUCAGGCUCGAAUGUGAAAACAGGACCUUUUCAAGUGCAGAACACAUGAACGAAUGGACGCUUGAAUGAAUGAAUGUAUUAGAUCUUGUGCUGUUUAAAUUGAAUCUGGCUUUUUUUGUUUUGUUUUUGUUAUCGAAAGUGAAAAGUCAUCUUUUGUUAACCAUCAAAAUCCCUGCUGGUUUGCUCGGGUUUGCACAACAACUCUUCUCUAAAUACUUUUGUGUGUUGAAUUUUUUAUAAUUUUGUGGCAGUGGUCACGUGACCAUAUUUAAGUUAAAUUUAAUAAAAA